GCAACCUUUUAAAAAAGGCAACCCAAAGAUCCAAUUGUUGAGGAGACAAGGUUUCGAUGGGUUAUCCACGGCUGAGAAGAUAGUGAAGGAACAGUUAGCCACAGGCAUCAUUGAGAAAGCACCACAAACACCCACUGGAGAGCGUACCUUCUAUAUGCCACACAAACCAGUAAUCAGAGAGUAUGCGACCACCACCAAAGUUAGGAUGGUUUUUGACGCAAGCGCAAAGCCAAACCCACUAGCGAACAGUAUAAAUGACUGCAUGUACACAGGACCACCACGGAUCCGAGUUCGCAUGUCAACACACAUUCAGAAAGCAUUCCUGCAAAUAGGCAUCCAAGAGGGAAAUAGAGAUGCUUUCCUUUUUCCUGUUCAAUAUCAACGGCAUGGAACAACAUCUCCGGUUUGCCGUUCGAACAACAUCUUCGGAGUACCGUUCGGUGUCGAAGCAAGUCCUUUCAUGUUGGGAAACGAACAACAACCGUUAUAG